AUGGCUGAGUUAAUAGAAAAGAAUGCAAAUAAAGAGUUAACAGUAAAUGAAGAGUUAAUUUGGCUUCUUAUCAGAAACAAUAAUUCGUUUUUGGUAAAACGUAAUGGCGCACAAUUUACUUCCGAACCUAAUAAUUUGACAAACUUGAAUUCUUUCAAAUAUUCAGGCCUUGCUUGUAAUAAGACAAUUGGUAUAAGUCAUUCGCCUGAUAAUAGAGGUGUGAUUGUUUCCUCAAAAAAAGCCAAAGUUGCAUUUUAUAAGCCGGCAGAAUCUACUCAUAAAGUCACCCUUUCAAAGGGUACUCGUAGAUCAGCCAGAAGUUUCACCAACGCUUUUACUCGUGCUGGAUAUCGCCCUGAUCUGCGCAAGGAGGCACUAGCUCGUAUUUCGGCUAUAUAUCAAACCCAGAAACCUGUUAAGGUUCAUGCAAGGAAAACUAGCCGUCGUCAUAAUAGAAAACAAAAAUGA